CGGCUUUAAUCUCUUCACUUUCCCUUAGCCGAAUUACGAAACUAACAUUCUAUCUCCGCCCUCCUCUUUUCUUUAUAUAUCUCCCCAGCAAUGCACAUUUGAACGCGCAUUUCCUCCGCGACGCCAUCCCCUCCCAGCUGAGCCACUCGCCUCCUCUCUCCGACUCACCGCUCAUGUCCAUCGACGUCAAGGCACCAACCGACCUCCCACCGCGCUGCCAGAGUCGCAUGGCUACCCGCCCGCCACUGAGACGAACCAACGGCUGCCACAUCCUCCCGGGGUUCGAGCACUGCGACGACGGGAACGACAGCGACUCGGACGAGGAAAUCGACUCUGGCCUGCGUCCUAGUCUGAUGCCACUCAGGCCCUCUCAUCACAGCUCAGACUCUUCCGACGACUCCAGCUCGGAUGAAGAUGACGGCAUCGCGCAGAUCAUCACUCUCAUCCCGAUAAGCUCGUCAUAUUCAGACAAGGAAUUUGCAGUCAAGGCAGCGCCGGACGUGCCCCUCCCGUCUGCUCUGCCGCCGAACCUGCAGAUCAUCCCAGAGGUCGAGGACGAUGACAGCUUCGAGUUCGACCUCCCGCCUCCCUACCACGGCAUUUCCGACAACGCGCUGGCGCUUGUCAAGCGUGUCUGGAACUCGCGACGCGUUGCCUGGUCAAAUCAGAACAUCCGACACGAGGCCGCCGCUGCUGCCAUCGCUUACGAUGGUACGCUGGAUCAAGCACAGAAGGUCCCCACAUCUGGGCCUCCGUCUGCGCCUCCUGCGUUGCCUCCUCCCUCGCUGCCUGCAGGCAUCCAGGCACCUCCCCCAGAUGCUGGACCCAUCAUUCACGCCCCUACCCCCGAUCCCAACGUUCCUAUCUAUCCUCGUCUCGGCGACCUCUCCAGCAUACACGAUGGACGUUACGUCUCCGUAGACCGCGCAUUCCGCAACUUCCCCACCUAUACCAUACGAAAGAUUCUCUACCUGCACGAUAUGCUCGACAAUGCCCGCAGCAGCUCGCCGUCUCAUCCUCCUCGCAGAAGCGCGUCGCUAAUCUUGGGCGACGACAAGCGAUCUGCCGCAGAUCGCCACCCAUCAGCGCCUGUUUGGGACGGCCGAGGCGAGAAGAUCUCUAGCAUGGCACUAGGGUCGUGCACUAACGAAGGCCAGUCGGCUUCCUACCGCCGAUGGCAGGUCCUCAUGGAGAAAACGAGGCAGCCACGCGCCCCGGUGCGCACGGCUGGCAUCUCGGCCAAGGCCACCACGGAAUCCUCACGCAUGGUUGUGAGCACUCCCGCGCCCGUACCCCUCGCCGUACCUGCACCUGCACCCGCACCUGCACCUACACCUACGGCGGCACCAUCAUCAUCAUCGUCUAAGAAGUCGCAAGACAAAGGUCGCACGCGGACGUCCUCGAAGCCAAAGGUAUCCAGGUUCUUCUUCGCGAAGGACGAGUCCGAUUCGCGCGAUGCGCGAUCGCGGAUGUUCUCAAUCACCGCGCAGUUCCUAAAUCGACGCUCGAUGAACGAUCCGAUGCGAUUGUAGAGUAUGCACAGGGACAGUAUGGCGGGAUUUCACGAUGAUGAAAAGGGAGACACGACAUCCUACGAUACCAUCACGAUCUAUACAACCUGUAUACCAAUGUAUGUAUGUAAGUUAACAUGUACGGCAGCGCCAACGACCAUCGUAAUCGUAGUGUGUGCAUCAUUGCUCCAGAUGUUG